AGGCUUCGGGGUGCGAUUUAUUAUAACUCGAUGUGAUAGUUUAUUUUUUCCUCCGACCACCGGGGAAGGUCAUCCUCUCUUCAUCUUCGGUCCGAAUGAGGAUGGAGAUGGGUAUGUCUCAUAGAGUUUAGAUUUUUCAUAUAAAUAUUGGGCUCAGCCGGUAGAAUUGUAUCAUUGCUUCGGCUAACUUUAAUUCGACUAAAUCGGUUGUGCGAAAAAUCGCGAGUUUUCAGUAUAAUGGCGUUUAAGAUGGUUGUAUUGUUCGCCUCGCUGGCCUACGCCAGCGCUGGAUACGUCGAAGCCGAUCCCCAUCACACUUACUCAUCAGCUCCUGCUGUGAGCUACAGCUCGAUUACUCAUCAUGCACCAAGCGUUGCCGUGGCCAAGACUGUGUCCUAUGCCGAACCAGCAGUUCAUUAUACCGCCCCAAUUGCAAAGUCAUACGCCGUUCACGAGCCAUCGCUCCUGAAAACCGUUGUAGCUCAACCAACCUACACCAAGACUCUGGUUCAGCAGCCAACUUAUACUAAGACCCUUGUUUCGGAACCUACUUACGCUCACUCAGCUCCAGUUUAUGCUGCCAAAACCGUAGCUUAUCAAGCUCCAAUUGCCUACAGCGCUCCAGUUGUCAAGAACGUAGAAUACGCUCCAGUUGCCAAGACCUUCGUAUCUCACCCAGCAUACACCAAGGCUAUUGUCGCUGAGCCAGCUUACGCUAAGAGCUAUGUUUCGGAACCGGCAUACACUAAGGCCUACGUUUCUGAGCCAACCUAUGCUAAGACCUAUGUUUCGGAACCAACCUAUGCUAAGGCUUACGUUUCGGAACCUGCUUACGCCAAGUCCUACGUCUCCGAACCAACCUACACCAAGACCCUCGUCCAGCAACCCGUCUACGCCAAAACUCUAGUUCAGCAGCCCGUCUACUCCAAGACCCUAGUUCAACAGCCAGCUAUCUACGCUCAGUCCGCUCCAGUUGUUGCUACCAAGACACUCAGCUACUCGCCAGCUGCCCAGGUCGCCCACGUUAGCUACGAAGAUAACAGUGCCCACUACGCUUGGUAAGCAGCCGUGUUUACACGGGUGUGAAUAUACCGAGUGAUGGUCUCUCUAAAGUAUGAACAAGUGAUCGAAGUUGUGAAUCCAACCAGUGCCUGAUAUGUUGAACGAUUUUGUUGAAUAUAUUUAUAAAUUCAUGAACUGAAACAAA